GUCAACAGCAGAUGUUCUUCUCGGCUCUCGUAUUGGUUUCCGUAAAGCGUGAACAUGACGGUUUGCAAAAGGGUAUCGAUUUCGGACAGACUGACAAGGCGGCAGAGGGAUGCAAUGUGUCGUGGCUCGGAUUGGAGGAGGAAGAAUAGCGUCGACGUCUUCUAGAUGUUUCUCCACUUCGUUUUGCUGCACGCGCGAUCAACAAAGAGUGUGCAUAUACGGUUCAAAUGAUGCUGACCUCGUCAAGAGCCAUACGAUUUUGAAUCAGAAGACCUAUUCGGGAGUCAAGAAAACGAACAUCACGUUCUAGGACGAAGUUCCGCUUUGACUGUGCCGAAAUCUUGGACUUGAGAUCUCUCAACCGCUUUUGCGCUGUGUGAUAGAACACUUGAAUAACUGCAUACAAGCAGGUUAGCGGAACACCUGCCUCGGCCAAGCUCAUCCUCAACCUCGACAUCCUGUUCCGCGGCCAUGCUAAACAGUGCGGUGACACUGUAGCGAUUGGUAUUCCGGUUCGUGAGACGUCGCGUGGACAUCCCGCUGGGGGAUUGAGGGGAGGUGGGGAGAUCAGAGUAAGAAGACAUGUUGAGAAAAGUCACGGUGGGUGUGCCAAAGUUGUUAUGCUAAGGACGAGAGGGAAAGUAGUAGUUGAAUCUGUCAAAGUGGUUGGUUAAGCC